GCCUCCGUUCCUUUUCUCUACCCAAAAGGAUUCUCUCAUUUUCCUGGGAACCAAACACACAGGCAAAGCAAGAAAAAGUUUCGGUUUUUCGUGCAGAUUUUCCGUUACAAAACAAGAAGGAAAAGAAAAACGAUACUCUGUUUCCGUUUUAAUUUUCUCAGCAGCCAAACAACCAGCUCGAAGGGAAGGAAAAAAGAUUCGGUUCUUGGUGGUGGUGUUCUCUGUUUCUCCCUGCAAACCCGGAUCUUGUUUCGAUCUUCUUUUGGCAAAAGUUUCUAUCUUUUUUCGUCCCAAGGCAGAAGAAUAUACUCUGUUUUUAUCUUAUUUUCUCGGCAUCCAAACAUGGGCAGUCAAACUCAUCAGUUUCACAUUUUCUUCUUCCCCUUCAUGACCCACGGUCACAUGAUACCAAUGCUUGACAUGGCCAAGAUUUUCUCGAGCAUAGGAGCCAAAUCAACUGUCCUCACCACAUUUCCGAAUUCCCAAACCCUCGAAAGAUCCAUCGAAUCGUUCAAGAAUCAGAAUCCAGGCGCCGAUAUCGGAAUCACGAUCCUCGAUUUCCCUUGCGCAGAGCUCGGAUUGCCCGAGGGGUGCGACAGUUGCGAUCACGUCGUCUCAAACUCUGAAGCCGAUUCAGAAGAUCUGAGAUGUAAGUUCAUGUUCUCGACCAAGUUUCUCAAACAACAGUUGGAGCAGCUCAUCGAGACAGUCAGACCGGACUGUCUGGUCGCCGACAUAGUCUUCCCGUGGGCGACAGAAGCUGCCGAGAAGUACGGAGUUCCCAGGCUUGUGUUCCAUGGCACGUGCUACUUCUCCAUAUGUGCUUCGUUCUGCAUCGCUCUCCAUAAGCCACACAAGAAACUGGCUUCGAGUUCUGAGCCAUUUGUGAUUCCAGAUCUACCAGGGGACAUCGCCAUAACAGGAGAACAGCUUAUGAAUAUCGAUGAAGAAUCUGAUAUGGGGAGGUUCAUGAAAGAGGUCAUGGAAUCUCUCCAGAAAUGCUACGGUGUCCUGAUGAACAGCUUCUAUGAUUUGGAAUCGGCUUAUGCUGAUUUCUACCGAAACGUUCUGAAGUUGAGGUCGUGGCAUAUCGGCCCGCUUUCUCUGUGCAACAGAGGGAUCGAGGAGAAAGCCGAGAGAGGAAGAAAGGCCACCAUUGAUGAGCAUGAAUGCCUCCAAUGGCUCGACUCCAAGAAACCCAAUUCAGUGGUUUACGUUUCUUUCGGAAGUAUGACGAGGUUUACCAAUGAACAGCUAAUAGAGAUCGCCGCAGGAUUGGAAGCUUCUGAACAAGAUUUCAUCUGGGCAGUUCGGAAAGAAGGAAACGAAGGUGGGAAGGAAGAGUGGCUGCCGGAAGGGUUCGAGGAGAGAACCAGAGGGAGAGGACUGGUUAUAAGAGGAUGGGCCCCGCAGGUGCUGUUGCUUGACCACCAAGCAACCGGAGGGUUCGUGACUCACUGUGGCUGGAACUCGGUUCUCGAGGGAGUUGCGGCGGGAGUGCCGAUGGUGACGUGGCCAGUUGGGGCGGAGCAGUUCUACAACGAGAAACUAGUGACUCAUGUUCUGAGAAUCGGAGUGAAGGUAGGAGCGAGGAAAUUGGUGAGACGAGUGGGAGAUUUCAUCAGCAGAGAGAAAGGGGAGAAGGCGGUGAGGGAAGUUAUGGCGGGGGAAGAGUGGCGGAGACGGGCGAACGAGCUUUCGGCCAUGGCCAAAGCCGCUGUCGGGGAAGGAGGGUCCUCUUAUAAUGAACUGGACAUGUUCAUGGAAGAGAUGAAGAUGCUAAGGAACAACAAGGAGAUGUAAGAAAAAAUGUGGUGCAAGUUCAAGUUUUUUUUUGGGCAAAAAAAUGACGUGUACAACCAUAUCAACGCCACGUCAGCGUAUUAUUUGACGGAAUUUAAUGCAGCUUGACGUUGUACAUGAUAUUGGGAUAAAUUUUGUAAUUUGGUGGACUAUGGUAAAUGUUGAAUUUCGCUGUAAUUUUAUAUACGGAAAAAAGGUAUUUUUUCUAUUUUAGAAAAGGAUUUUUUUCCAUUUAAGUAGGAAAAGUCCGAAGGUCAGAUAACUUUGUAGCCCACGAAUUCAAGGGAGAAAUAUUUUUCUUCAUUUCCUAAAUUGCCCUCGCUACUAGAGCGCCGAGGAGCAAAUCUCGAGGGCGGAAGAGUCGGAACUGAGAAAGGGUAGUACGGUAAUUAGGUAUGAGAUGCCCUUACUCAGACCCCCUAACGCGCAAGUCGGCCAUUUCUGUUUCAAACCCUACGAACUCUGAGGCCUCUCCGCCGCUCCCGAUGGCCACCGCCGCUCUUCUCCGUUCGCUCCGCCGCAGCGAGCUCCUCUCCGCAUCUCUCUCCGCUUACAGAUCCGUAUCUGCAAAUGGAAAGACGCCUUUGGCUGGAAAACUGGGUUUCUUUGUGAGGCCUUUCAGUGUCGGUAAUGAUGUUGACUUGGGUACCACCAACUCCAAAUCUAUGGAAGGAAAGAUCCCUAACCCUAAUGUGAUUGAGAAUGACCAAGGAACUCUUUCGGUGGUUGCCAUUAACCACAAGGGUGAACUUUUUGUGGGAACCCCAUUGACAAACCCUGCAAGCACAGACACCGUUUUUCGGUUUGAAGACUCUCAGACACAGACUGAGAUGAAAAUGGUACCGUGCAAGAUUGUUGAAGCUCCAGAUGGCAAUGCUUUGGUCGAAGCAGACAGGCAAAGGUACUCUCCUAGCCAGAUUGAAGCUUUUUUUCUUGCCAAAAUGAAGCAAUUUACCGAAGCACACCAUAAAAAAACUGGCACCUACAAGGCCUUACGUACUCUCAACCCGGGUUUUCUCGACAUGUACGCUUCUCUUUCUACCUGGAAUAUCAAGGAGAAAUUGAGAGAGCAUAGAGAUAAGAUCCCUGCCGAGAUUGUGAGAGAGAUUGAAACCGCUGUGUCUGAACUCUCGAGGGCCCGUCGGGAAGCGGACGAAGACAUGAUGGACAUGGACAAGAUACGAGGGGUCCGUGACAAGGUGAAUGCUGCAAACAAGGCUGCUUCCAAAAUAUCCGGAUUCAAAUCCUCCCGCAGCACCCCCAUCUAGUGGGAUACUAAUUCGGUUGGUCCUUAAUGUCUGAAGGAUCUUCCGACGGCUGCGACCAGACACCAGUCUUGUGAUCACAUUAAAAGUAAGCAACUUUAGGCAGUGUGUGGCAGAGUGGCCGAACAAUGUGUUUAAUUCACAUAUGUAGAAAUAUGUCAAUAAGAUCCGAAACCAUGCAUUAUGCCUUAUACCAUAGAUUUGAUUUGUUUCAUAUU